AUGCCGAAGAAGAAGUCAUUGAUCCACACAAAAGUUGCCUUGUUUCACCCUGAACUUCGCCUCAGAGCCAUCCCAUACUGCAAGCACCAGAGUGUGACGGGGCCCUGGAAAGGGGAUGUAAAUAUUCCCUGCACCUAUGGUCCCCUGCAAGGUUACACCCAAGUCUUGGUGAAAUGGCUGGUACAACGUGGCUCAGACCCAGUCAACAUUUUCCUACGUGACUCCUCUGGAGACCAUAUCCAGCAGGCAAAGUACUGACAUCACUUACACGUGAACUAUGAGGUUCCAGGAGAUGUGUCCCUCCAACUGAGUACCCUGGAGAUGGAUGACCAGAGCCACUACACAUGUGAAGUCAUCUGGAAGACCCCUAAUGGCAACCAAGUGGUGAGAGAUAAGAUCACUGAGCUCCGUGUUGAGAAACUCUCCGUUUCCAAGCCCACGGUGACAACUGGCAACAGUUAUGGCUUCACAGUGCCCCAAGAAAUGAGUAUUAGCCUCUGUAUUAGCCAGGCUCAGGGUUCUCCCCCCACCAGUUAUGUUUGGUACAAGGAACAAACUAAUAACCAAGAACCCAUCAAAGUAGUAGCCUUGAGUACCUUACUUUUCAAGCCUGCAGUGGUAACCAACUCAGGAUCCUAUUUCUGUACUGUCAAAGGCUGGGUUGGCUCCAAGCAGUGCAGUGACACUGUGAAGUUUGUGAUCAAAGGUGAGCCUGCUUCCCCCGCUGCCACCACUGGCACCGCUGCUGCCACUACCACUGCUGCUGCUUAUGCUGCUGCUGCUGCUACCACUGCCACUGGCUCUUCCACUGCUGGCACUGCCACUGCUUCCACCAUUGCCACUGCUGUCGCUGCUGCCGCUCCCACCAGGUCCUCCACUGCUGCCGAGUUUCUAAGAAAGGGCCGGCCUGUGUUUGCCAUCCUCCUUUUCAUCUCCUUGUGCUGUACAGUGGUUUUCACCAUGGCUUAUAUCAUGCUGUGCCGGAAGAUGUCCCAACAGGAGCAUGUAUAUGAGGUGACCAGGGUGCAUGCCAGGGAGGCCAGCGACUCUGGAGAAACCAUGAGGGUGGCCAUCUUCACAAGUGGCUGCUCCAGCGAUGAACCAGCUUCCCAGGCUAUGGGCAGUAACUACUCCGAUGAGUCCUGCCUGGGCCAGGAAUAUCAGAUCAUCGACCAGAUCAACAGUGACUACACCUGCCUUCUGCACACAAUUCCCCUGGAUUAUCAGCUUCUUGCCACUUAGGGAAAAAGUGUCUGCUAA